UGGCCCAAACAAAACUUCAGUGCCUUCUCCACUGAGAACCCCGAGACCCGGCCAGUCCCCUCGCUGCCGACGCCACACAAACACCUUUUCCCCCUCAUGUUCACCGCCGGUGCGGACGGCAACGGCCACCUGCCGCGUCCGCGCAGGUCGCGGCGCGGCGGAGUAGGCCACGCAGGCGUCAUGGGGUCUCCACAGGGACAGGUGGCUCUGGGGGCUCAUCCGCACCCGGCCGCCCCGCCGUGCACCGACUACGACGUGGCCUACUUCAAGGCCUACUCACACAUUGGCGUCCACGAGGAGAUGCUCAAGGAUCAUGUGAGAACUAGUACUUACAGAAAUGCCAUAAUGCAUCACAAAGAUCUUAUUUCAGGCAAGGUAGUUUUGGAUGUGGGUUGCGGCACUGGUGUCCUUUCGAUAUUUUGUGCUUUUGCUGGUGCCACUCGUGUUUAUGCAGUUGAUGCAAGUGAUAUUGCAUUGCAGGCUAUGGAGAUUGUAAGAGAGAAUGAGCUAUCUGACAAAGUUGUGGUUUUGCACGGCCGAAUUGAGGAUGUCAAUAUCGAAGAAAAAGUUGAUGUCAUCAUAUCUGAAUGGAUGGGAUACAUGCUUCUGUAUGAGAGUAUGCUGGGAAGCAUAAUUUUUGCUAGGGAUAAAUGGCUUAAGCCAGGAGGUCUUAUUCUUCCAUCGCAUGCAUCGCUUUACAUGGCACCUGUCACAAAUUCUCAGAGAUACCAUGAUAGUAUUUACUUCUGGCGAGAUGUAUAUGGCAUAAAAAUGUCCUCUAUGAUGCCUCUUGCAAAACAAUGUGCGUUUAUGGAGCCAUCAGUUGAGACAAUUAGUGGAGAGAAUGUCUUGACAUGGCCAACAGUGGUUGCACAGGUGGAUUGUUAUACCAUACAAGCUCAGGAGCUUGAAACCAUCACUGCUGCAUUUAAAUUUACGUCAAUGUUGCAAGCUCCAUUGCAUGGUUUUGCAUUUUGGUUCGAUGUUGAGUUCAAUGGACCAGUACGCCAGAAAUCCAAGAAGCAACCUAGUCAAUCAUUGGAUGGGAACACCCAAAAUGCCAGCCCAAGCAGUAAGAAGAAAAAACCAGAUGUCUCUAUUGUUCUUUCAACUGCACCAGAGGAUGCCCCUACUCAUUGGCAGCAGACCCUAUUGUACUUGUUUGAACCUAUUGAACUAAACAAAGAUCAGAUCAUAGAAGGUUCUGUUACCAUCUCCCAGAGCCAGCAACAUGCCCGCUUCCUUAACAUCUGCCUGAAAUACUUUACUGGUGACCAAUGGUAUGUCAAAGAAUCUGUGAUGCGAUAAUCUGGGGGAAAUUGAAACAGAGUAACCUUCUAUCUGAAUAGGCUCAAAUCUGUUGUGUAUGACGGACAACCUUGCUGCUGGUCAUUGCGGUUUAGGAGCAUUCUGACUGCACUGGGUUGUCGUGGUGGCAAAUUGAUCCAAAAAUGGAGUGCCAUUUCGAGUGAUGCUUGAUCAAAAUGGUAGUGGGCCUCGACAAGUAAUAUGUGAAUCUUUGGCUCCAAACUCAAUUCUACGAACAAAACAUAAGAGUAGGAGAACUACACUUGACCAGAGUAGCACAUUUAUCUUUUUUUUUUUCAUUCUUUUGACCAGGUACUAGUUCUGAGCUCAGUUGCUGGUACUUUAUUUUUCAAUAAUGGACUGCCCAUUCUUUGUAACGCUUCUGCGGCGUUUAGUGCAGCAUAGACGGUAUGAUUCUCCAAAUGGCAGCAUGGAAUUUUUACAAGUGUAGUUUUCCAAUGAGUAAUAUGCAUGAAUGGCAAUGGUGCUUGUCAGUUUGUUUCAA